AUGGGCACUGCGGAUACCGUGGUGAGGCCGAUAGCAAGUCCCUCUCGCGCAGUUCACACGAGCAGCAAAGCGCCAGCGCAGCGUCCCCUAACGUCUGCGCGAGACCGACGAGCGCAGACGACAGCGCCCUUCGCGUCACCGCAGCCAGUGCUGCUGCGCAACCCAUACGGCAUGGAGCGGCCGCGCCUUGUCGACGCUCUGCACAGCGGCGGCAGCGCCGGCUUUCGCGCUCACCAACACGGGCCGACUUCCUCAUCGCAUGCCGACGCGGAGGCGCUGCUGUCACAGCAAGAUGCCGCGCUCUACGACGCGUCCGCCACGCGACUGCGAGUGGUGCGGCAGGAGCGCCGCGCUCUGGCCGCAAAGCUGGAGGCCUCAAAAGAGCAGCUUGAACGAGUGCACGCACUCCUUACUGCGUGGCAUGAGAAGCCUCAACAGCCGCCCGCUACGGCACGGGCAAAGCAAGCGGAGAGGGAUGGAAAAGUGCCGGAGCCGCAGCCAAGCAGCUCGCCGAGGAAGCAGGAGACGGAGAGGAUGAUGCGUCAGCUGCGAGAGUUGGACAGGGCGAACGACGAGCUUCGUCGACGCUACGAGGCGCUUGAGCAAGAGAAAAGGCACUGCUUGACGGUGCACAACGCACGACUGCGGCGGCCAGCACCCGCGGCAGCUGCGUGCGACGAGUCCAGCGCCUCCGCGCGUAGCGCCGCCUUCGCACGCGAUGUACAGACGCUUGACACUCGCCUCGCUACUGCCAUGGCGCAGCAACAAGCACUGCAACAGGAGCUUGCGCUAGCCGUGGCAAAGGAAUGUGGACGCGUCACCGCUCUCACUGACCUGCAAGCACGUGGCUUUGCAUGCAUGUAUGCACCUGAACCGAACGGCAGCGCCAUCACCUCCGCCUCGCGCGAAGCGGCCGCCUGA